AUGGACAACCCCAAGAGAGUGCUCGUCACCGAUAAUGAGCACAAUUGGGAGCUCUCGUCGAGUGCUUCCUCUCCAAGAUCAAACACUUCUUCGAGCUCGCCCGUCAGCUUGUUUUCGACGCCGAGUACGCCUGAGUCGCCCGCGAACACUGAGAUGUCAUUCCUGAGCCCGAAGCAUUAUGACACAAAGCAGCCUGUGACUUCAAGUCAAGCCAACGUCAUAAGCAUGCCUAAUCACCCCAACCAUAUUAUCGUAGGGCAGACGCUGUACACUCCUGGGCAGAUACAAGCCAGACGUGACGUUCUUCUCCAGGCACGGAGCACAGGAGAGUUCCCCAGCAGCACAAUCAGCGCCGAAGAGCCCCAAACAAUUGUGGAAGACUAUCAACACCUUCAGCGCCUUCGAGAUGCCAGGGGCAACCCAUCCAACCCACCUCCUGAGAAAUAUAACCUGCUAAGAGUCGACAUCGCUCGUCGCAUCAAGGCUCGCGAUGAAGCUCAAGGCGGCUCAGCCAACCUACAAGAGAUGGACAACAGAGUUCAAAGUUGGAUGAACUCAAUCAACAAGGAGAGCCGGAUGCUGGAGAUUACGCAGGCCGCACUCCAGCGCAAGGGCAUCAGCAAUCCCACACAAGACGACUUGGACGCCAUCGCGGAGGAGUUCAUGCAGAUCGCGGAGCGGACGCUGCUGGACGUCGCCAAUCCCCUGCGGAUGAAUGCCAGUCGGAUGGAAGGCAACAUAAGCCGCUUCGACAGCCAGCUCAACGGCCUUUCUGGACAGUUGAACGGCCUGUCAUCUAUUAAUGAUGCAGUGAAUGCUUCAAUGAGUGCUCAAGUCAACACAAUAAAUGCCGUCAUGUCUAAUCUGAACCAAUCAAUGUCAUGCCAGCUCAGUACCCUCAACACUAUGCUCACGGCCCAGAGCAACACAUUUGACAAGUCAAUGAAUAUGCUCAACACAUCGCUAAGCAUAGUCACAACGGACUUGCAAAAGUUUACCGCUGACUUGCCAGCCAUCAUCGCUGCCGCAACUCAAGCAGCCGUACGUGAACAAUUAUCUGCCGUGUCCUAUCAACACACGCCUCAUCAACAAGCCCACGCAACCGCAGAUGCACCACCCAGUUACGUCACGAAUAUGAGCAACAGUACUCAUUUUCCUGGGUGUGUCCACGAUUCCGAUCACACACAACAGGCUUUGAAGCAACAGAGUCGUGAGUGCCCACCACACGGUGGCAAAACAGAACCAAGAUCAAGGUUGAGGAGGUUACUGGGAAAGUUCGGUAUGAAAUGA